AUGGCUUUGACAAUUACCGACAUUGUUGGGGAAGACAGGCCUGAUGCAGUUAUUGCUACAACGAUCACAUCUUAUGCGCUGAGUUCGGUGGUGACGGGUUUAGUCUUCUACUGCAUGGGCCGAUUCAGGUUUGGCUACAUUGUCGGCUUCAUUCCCCGGCACAUCCUCAUUGGCUGUAUUGGUGGUGUUGGCUGGUUUCUUGUGGCUACUGGCUUCGAGGUUACAGCACGCAUAGAAGGCAGCCUCAAUUACGAUAUCGACACUCUGCACAAGCUGGUCCAGCGAGACACCAUUCCACUCUGGGGCACACCACUUGCUCUCUCCAUUGUUCUCUUCUGGAGCCAGAAGCGUAUUUCGAACAAGUACUUCUUGCCGCUGUUCAUCAUCGCUAUUCCUUUUCUCUUUUACUUCAUUGUUGCAGUAGCCGGCUCUUUCAACCAGAGCUGGCUGCGUAGCCAUGAGUUUGAUCAGGUGCACUGGGGAGCCAUUGCCCGAUGUGUUCCUGCAAUGUUUGCACUGACAUUUUUUGGAAUUCUUCACGUCCCUAUCAACGUCCCAGCGUUGGCACUCAACAUCGGUGAAGAUCAUGCCGAUCUGAACCACGAGCUCAAGCUGCACGGAUUUUCCAAUAUGUUGCCUGGCGCCCUCGGGAGCAUACAAAACUACCUUGUCUACGCCAACACGCUGUUUUUCAUGCGGUCGGGCGGCGACAGCCGUCUUGCUGGUUUUGAAUUAGCAGCCUUUACGUUUUGUGUUAUGCUGGUCGGGCCCAAGACUUUUGGAUUCAUACCGAUCAUGAUGGUCGGAUGUUUGAUAUUUGACCUCGGCUUUGAGCUACUUGUUGAGGCUGUAUGGCAGCCUCGUAAAAAACUCAAGCGUGCCGAAUACGUGACGGUCAUUGCUAUCGUUCUCAUCAUGGGAACUUACGAUUUUGUUGUCGGCAUUGGAGUCGGCAUUCUCCUGGCCUUUGUGUCGUUGAUAAUUCAGACCUCCCAGGUGUCUGCCAUUCGCGCAGCAUACAGUGGCGACAUUGUCAACUCGACAGUCCGGAGAAAUCCAUCUCAGCAAAACUAUCUUCGUAUAGUUGGCUGUCAGAUUUGCAUCAUCAAACUGGAAGGUUACCUUUUCUUUGGUACCAUCGUGGGGGUGGAGGACAAAAUACGGGAGCUCAUCUCGGACGAUUCUUUCCAUCGUCAGCCUAUCCGCUACCUGAUUCUCGAUUUGCGCCAUGUGACGGGGCUAGAUUACUCUGCUGGGGAGGCCUUUAACACGAUCAGCCGGCUACUGGAUGGAAAGGGCAUCCAGCUUGUGGUGAGCGGUGUGGAUGCCGAAAGCGAGCUGGGUCAUGACCUGCGCGCAGUCGGGCUGGGCGAAGAUGACAUAGAGGUGGUCUUCUUACCGGAGAUCAACACCGCGCUGGAGCUUUGCGAAAACGAGCUGCUAAAGACGUUGUAUGCAAGCCAAGAGGCGCAUUUGGGCGAGGGCAUGAAGGCUGGUACGACCUCCGGGGCCAAUGGCGCGAUCGCUACCACUGGCUCAUCGUCCCGUCGACACCUGCUCAUCGACGAGGCUGGUGCUGGCCCCUCACUCGACAUGCUGGCAAGCUCGCCACGCCGAAACCACCUGCAGGCUGCAGCACGGGAGCUGCUGGACAAUACGGAGGAUCGCCGGCGCUCCAGAUGGCAGAAUUUCAGCGACCCUCUGCGGCUGAUGCUGCAGAUCUUCCAGGAUGUCAGCGACAAGGACGUGGACUUCUGGUUCAGGGCAGGUCGCUACUUUCAGCGGCUUGAGUACGUGGCCGGGGACAUGCUAUUCUCAGCCGGUGCUGUAGCAGAGGGCUUUUUCCUGUUGGAGAAGGGGAUCGUUCGGGCCGAGUACAGUCUCGCACACGGGCAGUGCUACCACGAAAACAUUGUGGCAGGGACUACGUGCGGUGAGCUGCCAUUCUUUUCAGAGACGGCCAGAACUGCAACUGCGUAUGCCGACAUGGACUGUACCGUGUGGGUCCUCACCCGUGAGGCGUGGCAGAGGCUCCAAAAGGAGCAUCCGGAUGUGGCGAGCGAGCUGCUGCGCGUAUCUUUGAAGCUCACGGCUGAGCGUAUGUCCACCGUGCCGUCAUCGACUAUGCUGAUGGCCGAUUAG